UUGUGAACUUCCGACUCGAUCGGUAUCUCGGCAGAAUGCAUUAUAAGCGCUCUUUUGUCAGUUGCUACUGGGGGACGUGGUUUGUUUUGAGAUAACUGUAGGCCACUGCAGGCUGUUAAGACAGGCGCUGCACUGCAAGUCGCCGUCAUUAGUUGUGUAGAAGCCAUACAAGUGAGAGCAACAUGAGUCAAGUGACGAUUGUCGCGUUCUCGCUUUUCUGCGUGCUAUGUUUCGCAUCCUGUUUCGCCUUCACGUUUACGGAUUGCGGUUCAGCAUUAGGCAAAUUCACAGAAGUGUCGGUUUCGGGCUGCCCAACGUCCAAGGAAAAAUGUAUUUUAGUGCGUGGCACUAACGAAUCUAUAUCUAUUAAAUUCAAACCUAACAACGAUAUCUCGCAAGUCAACAUACGUGUAUACGGCAUACUAAUGAACGUACCGGUACCUUUUCCAUUUGAGAAGUCUGAUGCGUGCAAGGAUCCUAACGCUGGAAUUAAUUGUCCUUUACAUAAGGACCAAGAGUAUGAUUAUACGGCCUCAUUAUUCGUGCAGAAGAAGUAUCCUUCGGUGAGCGUCACUAUUCAGUGGGAGUUAGUGAAUGAGAAAAAAGAAAAAAUAAUAUGCUUACAAUUUCCAGCCAAAGUUAAAUGAUUCAAAAAAUAUUUUUAUAAUUUAGAUGUAAGAAAAAUACUAAUGGUUAUACUUUAAUAAAUAUAAACAUGCCAUUUUAGAUAAAAUAU